UGAUCGACUCAAGCUAGUUGUCGCACUUGAGAAGUUGAGAAUCAAGAAACAGUAGUGUCCGUAUAUAUCAGAGUUUAGGGUUUUGAAAUUGCAGGUAACAAAGAGAUGGACAUAAUAUCGCAAUUACAAGAACAAGUAAGCACAAUUGCAGCUCUUGCUGUGAAUACUUAUGGUUCUUUACAAAGAGAUGCCCCCCCUGUUCGUCUGUCUCCUAAUUACCCUGAACCUCCCCCACCCACCACUGUUCCUGCCGAAGAUGCCAACUUUUCUGACCAGCCCAAGCUCAUGAGCCAGGCUCUUGUUGAUGCUGCUAAAAAGUUUGAUGCAUUAGUCACCGCACUUCCUCUAUCGGAAGGAGGUGAAGAAGCUCAACUCAGAAGAAUUGCAGAACUACAGGCUGAAAAUGAUAUCGUGGGCCAAGAACUACAAAAGCAACUGGAGGCCGCAGAAAACGAAUUGAAACAGGUCCAGGAGCUCUUCAGCAAAGCAGCAGACAGCAGUCUCAACUUAAAGAAACCUGAUUGAUGAUGGAAUGUACCGGAUCAUUUUUGCAUUUUCCGAGUCCUGGGUUGAAGAGAUUGUCAUGUACGUGGUAUUAUAAUGCACAAAUUGCUUCUUAGUAUGUUUCAUCGAGAUGCAUCUGGUUGUCAAAGAGUCAAGUAUCUACCUUACCAUGAUAGACUCUGUAGAUUCUCUGAUUGCAAGCAUGUGACUUGAGAUGAAAACAAAGUGGUGUUUGGUGUCGGUUUCAGAAAAUAACAGUUUGAUGUUUUAUGUUUUCUGGUCA